AUGUCAUUGGAUAUGCAGGACGGUCACGACCCCGCCUCGAUUUGUCAGCAAUCUCCAAGUCUUCUCUCCGCUCGACCCGAUUCUGACAAGCCUCUGCUUACCAUGGAUCGCACAACGAGUCUCUGCCUCGCCUGUUCGUCCUCGCUUCCUCCUUGUAGGACCGGCUUGGCCGCUGCCAAAGAUCCCGACAACGAAAUCCACAUCACCCCUUGUUGCAGUCGGCCUGUAUGUCCAGCCUGCAUACGCUCUAACCCUCGCCUACUAAGGUACAAUCCCUGUCUCCAUUGUCUCGGUGGGGUAGGCGCCGUCGGUGCUCGCUCAGUGUCAUCCAGUAAGACAAGAAGCAUAACAGAGGGACACAGUCCACAGCGACCUGUGAAUGUUGAUGGGGCUGUGCGCGAUGGCGACGUCCUCGUUCUUGACGACGACUCAGAGGAAGGAGGAGAGCUAGACGAGGAGGACCACAGUACGGAUCCGGACUCCCCGUUUCCUGCUACACCUCCGCCUCCCUAUCUGGGCACUCUGCGUGCAACGCCCAACCCCCCACAUGACGUCCUCCACAAUCUGGAGGGCGAGGGCAACCUUUCGCGGAGUGCAUCUAUAAAGAAGAUGGAGGUGGCACCUACUAGUUCGGGCCCACAGAAGUACUACAUUAAACCGAGCGAUACACUGCUCGGAAUUGCACUUAAAUUCAGCGUCGACGGGCGCCUCCUCUGCCAGCUCAAUCACCUCCCUCCGAGCACACUCCGUACGACCCCACACAUCCUACACACCCGCACUUUUCUUAUGCUCCCGCCUUCUGCCCGAGGCGCAGACCUCGCUAGCAGCAGCACUCCCUCCGCACAGGAAGAUGCAGAGCACCGAGUGCGCCGCACUCGCGAGCGUGCAGAGGUGCGGUUACAAACGCUCACGAAGGAGGUAGACUGGAAGGUUGCGAAGGCAUAUGUCGCCGUCGCAGACAUUAUCGACGACGACCCCGACACGAGCGGGAAGACGACGACUCACGAAGGAGCACUGGAGAAGUUGAAGAUACGUCAAGCUAGUAGCUCUGCUGAUGCAACGAACGGGGAGGGGAAUUUGGAGCAGCGUGCUAUAGACCAGUAUUUGGACGAUGAGGAGUGGGAAGCGAGAGAACGGAAGGAGGGCCGAGGGGUUACAAUACCGGCGUUCCCAUACUUGCAGGAUCGCCUCCGCGACCAUACGGCUGGACUUGAGACCAGUUGGAAAUCAUUCUGGAGUCAUGCGUGGACCGCGUUAUACUCUCCGAAUCAACCUCUAUACAUCUCUGUGACAGUUUAG